AUGGCUGUGCAAAACCACGCCAACUCUCGCACUCUCGAACGGCCCAAAAAUAGGAUUGGUAAGAAUGAGCUUAGGAGCGUGAUGAAGACGCUUCCAUGCUUUCGCAGAGCAACUAUUAGUUCGCCCCAGAGGUACGAGAAGAGAAGAAUGUUGCAUGCAUUGAAACAGGGCAUGCUAGACUUUUCACCAAGCGAGCGACAGCAAGGUCGCCGAGCUGCAACCUGCGGGCUCGAAACGAUGGAUCCUCGGGCCCUGCGGUGGAGUUCCCCUUGGACUCUCCAAGAGCCACCCUCAAGCCUUCGAUCAGGGUCAACCGGAGAUGGUCGCGCCCCUUUUGUGCGCUGGCACCGCCAUGGUGUCAACUAG